AUGUAAACGAGAAAUAUCUAUUAACUACUAAAAAAGUUCUUUUAUUUUACAAGUAAGUAACUCUUUUCAUUAUUAGUUGCCAUUGCUAAUAAGCCAAACAAUAUUAAUUUUAAGAAAUAGAUGAAUUAAGAAAUUUCAUAAUUUAUUGAAAAAGUUUUCCUCAUAAAUUGCUUAGAACAUCCAAACAAUUACAAUAUGGUUGAAUAUAUUAUAGGAGAAUAAUUAAUAACACUUUAAUAAGAUUAGAUUAAGAAUAUCCAAACUGAUGUGAAUGAAUUGAUUAAAUAUGAUUACUAUUAGAUUACAAAUAGCCAUUAAAAUUAAUCGCUCUUACAUUCUAAUCACUCUUAGUCAGAUAAAGAAUCAUAUCAUUUUUAAUAUAUUGAUUACAAAAUUGAGGAAAAUUUGAAUGAGCUUAAAUAAGAAUCAGCCAUUUUAGAUAUUAAUCCUUUUUAAAAAAAUGAACUUGAAUUUCAAUCUGAAUGCGGAUUAGAAUAAUUUAAUACUUUUGUUGAAACUAAUUUCUUAACUGAUUACAAAUUUAUAAUGAAAAAGCAUUUGGAUUCCAAAAAUAAUAGUUCUUCAAUUAGAACUUCUUUUCAAUAUUAAUGA